CAGAAAUAAUUCUGAAAAUCCUGAGAAGUGAUUCUUGACAGUAUUGUAGUACAGCGGUGACAAAAUGGCAGAGGCAACGACUCAGUUUGCUCAGAUCACAACAUCAGGGCUGAAUUCAAUCGCAUCACUUAGAGAUUCUUUAACCGAUGGACUGGACUCCGUGGAAGAGCUAGUCUCCCUUCCAUUUCCCAUUCAACCUCCAUCUCUCUCUGCAGUGCAGGAGCUGGUGUACUGGCGGGAACCCAAGAAGUCGGGCCUAGUGUUUGGUGGCUCUCUGUUUGUGCUUUUUGCUCUGGCCACAUGCAGCGCCAUCAGUGUCGUGUCCUACGUGCUCCUGGCUAUGCUCUGUGUCACCAUCACCUUCCGUGUGUAUAAGUCCAUCAUACAGGCUAUACAGAAGUCUGAUGAGGGUCACCCGUUCAAAAACCUGAUGGCGAGAGACAUCACUAUUUCACCACAGAAGUUUCGGAAGCAUGUGGACUAUGCUCUGACCCAUGUUAAUCGGGGCCUCUUAGAGGCCAGAAGAUUGAUCCUGGUGGAGGACGUGGUGGAUUCGAUGAAAUUGGCUGGUGUUAUGUGGCUGUUGACAUUUGUGGGAGCUGUCUUCAAUGGUAUCACUAUCUUAAUUCUAGCGGACAUCAUUUUCUUUAGCACACCUCUGGUGUACGAGAAAAAUAAAACGCAAAUUGAUCGUUACAUCGAAAUUGUUCGUUCUCAAGUUGAAACCAAGCUGGCAAAGUUACAAGAUAAACUCCCUGGAGCGGUUAAGCGCAGCAAAGCAGAGUGAUCCUCGAUUAUAUGCCAAAGGACCGAUGCUCCUAUUGCCAGCUACAGAUGUCAGUUUUAGCCUUACUCUGAUAGGACCAAAAUGUUUUAUAAACUUCUCCUCUACUGCUGUAUGUCUUUGCAAAUAUUGGCAAGGUUGUUGUGCUGUUUUAUUUAAACCAUAUCUUUGACAAACCUUUUGAAUCAUUACCAUUUGGGUUAAAUAAAUGAGGAACUUUAAUGUA